AUGGAAAACCAGCAAGGACUUGUAGCUUCACUAAGGUUCCUGACUGCAAUGGCAGUUUGCUUUAUAGCUUUGCCUGUUUUGGUCAUCUUGAUCCCUGGUAUUCAUCAGGAAUCCUCUAUCUCCGACGUGCUCGGGCAAUUGUACAAACUACACCCAGUUGGAGAAGGAGCUGCUUAUAACAACAACAAUGCACACCACCUGGUUGAUGAUCCACAACCAGUUGGACAAGGAUCUGCUCUUAAGGAAAGCAAUGCGCAAAACCAAUCUGAUGAUCCACGCCCAGUUGGACAAGGAGUUGCUCUUAACGAAAGCAAUGCACACAACCUAUCUGAUGAUCCACACCCAAUUGGACAAGGAGCUGCUCUUAAUGGAAGCAAUGCACACAACCUAUAUGAUGAUCCACGCCCAGUAGGACAAGGAGUUGCUCUUAACGAAAGCAAUGCACACAACCUGGUUGACGAUCCACACCCAGUUGGACAAGGAGUUGAUCUUAAUGAAAGCAAUGCACACAACCUAUCAGAUGAUCCACACCCAGUUGGCAAAGGAUUUGCUCAUAACGAAAGCAAUGAACACAACCUGUCUGAUGAUGGUGUUUCUGCUCCAGGGUUCGAUGAGAAGUCAUGCUUAAGCAGAUUCCAGCGCCGACUUUACAAGAAAUCUGAAAGGAAGCCUUCUGCUUAUUUACUCUUCAAACUACGAAGCUACGAACAUCUCCGUAGGAGCUGUGGCCUUUAUACUGAUUCCUACAACAGGACCCUAGAAGUCAUCAGGUCAGGGGAGGACAUCGAUAUUACCUCCAUUGGUAAUAGUACUGCCUGUAAAUAUCUCAUAUGGCAUCCUGUGAAUGGCUUAGGGAACAGAAUAAUAAGUCUGGCAUCCACAUUUCUCUACACGUUGCUAACCAAUAGAGUUCUUCUCGCUGAUCUUACCCUAGACAUGGUUGAUCUCUUCUGCGAGCCAUUUAUGGGUUCUCCUUGGAUCCUAGAUCCCAUUUCGCUCCAGGCGAGGAGCUGCUCGUCAUCAGUGUGCCCGUCACCAAUGCGGUGGUCCUCUUCGUCUUCAGCGUCACCUGCUCGCCGUCGUUCUGCAUCGACAUUGACAUGUACACCGGAACCCCGAAGAAUUCGAGCAGCGAGACCUUCCCCGCCGCGGUAA